UCUUUACGUCAAUAUGGCUUAGAGGGUAUACUAAAAUAACCCGGUCGAAUGGCUAAUUGACUUUCUGCUGAAAUGUAAACGAGACAAAAGUUCAUAGAACCGCCUCGAGUCGUUCUUCUUUUCCUCGAAACACUCUACCCACUCACUUCUGCUCCAUUUUCGAUCAUGUUCGCCAAGGUAUAUGCUUCAAGACGUCAAAACAACACUUGAACAGUUUAGAUAAGGCAUUACUUCCUUGCUUAUCAAGUAUAUCUCAGACUUAUUGACCGUUUAAGCUAAGAGCUCGGUAACAAAGAGUAACUGUUUGUGCCGGAUAAUCAAGACUUGCACCAAGAAGCACCCGAUGAACUAACUGACGGCUGCAUGAACAAAAUGCACCGAUGGCCGAAAGAAGUCCUUUUUGUCUCCUGUAUUUUUGCAGCAACAGGAUCCAUUCAAGCUAUAGUUUAUCCAAGUAUAAUCUCUGCUCCAGAAAAGCCAACAAAAGCCUUCACCGGCCACACUGUGUCAUUAAAGUGGCAUUACAAUUCAGGAGAUCUAAAGAAUGAUCUUUUCGAAGUGGUGUUUGGUAUUUGGAAGAGUCCUGGCUUCCUGAAAACAAAGUUGAUAGCUGUCAACUCAACUGGUUUUGCCUCAACGAGGUCUUCAUAUAAGUCAUCUGUGGGUUGGGCAGGAAAUUUGACAUCCUCUGUCGCAGUGUUUGAACUUUACAAUGUAAAACUAAAAGAUAGCAAGAAGUAUGGAAUAGUGGUGGAAUAUGGUCUCCAGCAUACCCCGUUGACCGACACAGUUCAGCUUCAAGUUACCAUGCCUGAUCUACCGAGAAUCACGAACGUCAGUAAACCGGCGCCGCUCAGGAAAGGACAGAACGUGAACCUUACAUGUAUUGCCCAAGGCUUGUCGCCUGUUCAAGUCAUGUGGAAAAGAAAUGACAAAGUAUUAGUCAGCGGUACUUCUAAAGCCAUAUUGACCCUAAGAAAUAUUACAGCUGAGGACUGCGGCGAUUACGUUUCUGUCGCUAAAAACACCGCCGGAGAAGAUACUAGGACUGUUAUCCUACUCGUACUUCCGGAAAGCCCAACUAUACUGAAUUCAGACAAAAUAGUGACCAGUCCCAACUGGACGCUACGAUGGUCAGCGGUUGAAAGUGAAGGAGAGCUGCAGAUGACGUAUACAGUUUGGCAAAAACGUGAUAGUGAAGAAUCAUGGCAACUGGAAAAUGUUACAAGAAACAUAUUUCACUUUGGACUUGAGGAUAAUACAUCUUACUCGUUCGUGGUGAAAGCUUGGAACAAAUGUGGAGACAGUAUGUUGGACAGAGACAAAAUGCUGAACAUAUCCACCGACUUUGAAAACAAAGUUACACAAGGAAACUUCAUAUCUCGCGAAACAGUUCCGACAGAAAACAUGGUUCCGACAGAGACUGAGACUACACUGACUCCAUUCUCCCGCAGUGGACAAAUAGACGUCGAUUCCUCGUGGAAAAUUGAUUUCAUCAUUUUAAUAGUAGUGGGCAUCAUAACUUUAAUGUUUAUUGCAAUUGUGGUUCUGCGGAAAAAAAUUAUCCAAGACAAAGAAGAUGGUCAAAGACCCUUAGAUUUGUGGAACGGAGGGUAAGUAUUUAGUGGCGAAUUAAUCUUUACGAGGC